AUGCCCUUUGGCGAAAUCGUAGUCGGCUCGCCUGGCAGCGGCAAGUCCACCUACUGCUACGGCAAACAUCAGCUCUUCACCGCCCUCACCCGUCCCAUCUCCAUCGUCAACCUCGACCCGGCCAACGACAACAUCCCCUACCCAUGCGCCAUCGACAUCUCGUCCCUCAUAACCCUCCAGGAUGUAAUGUCCGAACACGGGCUCGGUCCAAACGGCGGCAUGCUCUAUUGCAUGGAGUAUCUAGAGGCGAAUUAUGACUGGUUGGAGGAGAGGUUGAGAGAGUUGGGGAAGGAUGCGUAUGUGCUUUUUGAUUUGCCUGGGCAGGUCGAGUUGAGCACGAACCAUGGGAGUCUGAAGAAUAUCGUGAAGAGGCUGGCCAAGACUGGCUUUAGGCUAGCUGCCGUUCAUCUCUGCGACGCACACUACGUGACAGACGCCUCUAAAUACGUCUCCGUCCUCCUUCUCUCCCUCCGAACGAUGCUUCACCUCGAACUCCCACAUAUAAACGUCCUCUCUAAAGUCGACCUCAUCUCACAAUACGGUGAUCUUGACUUUAACUUGGACUACUACACCGAAGUCCAAGACCUAUCGUACCUCGAAACCGCGCUCUCAUCGGCCUCACCGCGCUUCCAAGCGCUCAACAUGGCCAUCUGUGGUCUCAUCGAAGAUUUCAGCCUCGUAGGCUUCGAGACGCUCGCCGUCGAGGACAAAAACUCGAUGCUACACCUAACACGCGCCAUCGACCGCGCAACAGGCUACGUCUACCUCCCUACCCCCUCCAAUCCCACCCCUACUCCCUCCCACCCCCACUCCCACUCAAAUUCCAAUUCCGACCGAGACCCCGACAUAAUCCCCCCACCCCCCACCGCCCCCCUAACCCAACACCCCAACACAUACUCUCUCUUAAGUUCCGCCGCCGGCCCCCUAAAAGGAAAAAUGAGCGACGUUCGCGACGUGCAGGAGCGAUGGAUCGAUGCGCGGGAUGAAUGGGAUGCGUGGGAGAGGAAGGAGUGGAGGAAAGAGGGUGAGGUGGUUAGGAGGGAGGUGGAGAAGGCGAAGAAGGAGAAGGAGGGGAAGAUAGGGCCGGGUGCGGGUGCGGGUGCGGGUGAGGGUGAGGGUGCUGGUGGGACGCAGGGUAGGAAGUUGAAUAUACGGGAGAGAGGUGGCGGUGGCGGUGGGGUGCCGUCGUUACCACUUCGAUGA